AUGCAAGAAUUAAGCAAUGCAAUAAUUGAGUUUUUCGACUUAGUAAUUGAGAAAUAUAUAACUAAUUUUGCAAAUCCUAAGAGAGAAUGGAAUUAUUUCAAAUCUCUAUUGUCAUCAUCUAGCAUUGAUUUAAAUAGAAUACAAAGUUACCUCAAAGUAUUAAAAAAUAGUGCUGAUCAAUAAAAGCCAACCUUACGUAUAGAUCCGAUUAAGAUGGAGAAUUAUAUGACUUAUGUUUCACCUCUAAGAGAUCAUAAUAGACCUUUUGAAUAAUAAUUUAAUCAUAAAUUUGAAAAUGUUUAACUUAACCAAUAUCUCAGUCAACCCAGAUUAGAAAACAAUCCCGUUGAUUCAUGUGUUCUCUUUAAGAAAAUAACUUCGAAGAUUGUUAAUUUGAUGGAUUCCAAUAAUAUAUAAUUAGCAUUAACAAAGGAACUACAAAUACAAAGACCAAUAGAACGUAAAUUAACAGAUAUUGAAAGGUAUAAAUAUAUUCAGCAAUAAUCAUAUUGA